CUCUUUUCUCUGAAAAUCUCGGAACCCUCAGCCACCUAUCGAGCGAUGACUGCAAGCCAGACUCACACACGGGAGCUGAGUCUUCGAGCGCAUGCUCAGCUCUUCAUUAAACAUGCCCUGGCUGCGGAAUCGCUAUCCAAUAUUGGUCUGAGUCAAGUAGAGCCUGCAGAACCCUGUGCUUCUCGAGGCUACCCCCAUCGGCUCCGGAUCAGCGACACAAACAACCCAAACAUCAGCCAUAGCCUAACCUUUGGACGCAUACGAGUGUAUGGCACCAUCGUGGGCAAGUCAGUGGCUGAGAUCGAUGCGCGCAAAUGCACAUUUUACUACAUUGACGACACAACUGGAAUCAUCCCAUUUAUGCUGUGUCCCUGCACGAGAGAGGGCUAUGGUGAUGAUUUGACAGAGAAGAGCGAGAUGGAAACGCGGUUGUCACAAGGCCGAACAUCCGACGGCGAGCUAACUGGUACCUCUUUAGUUGUGAUGGGCCAAAUAUGCCACUCCUUGUUCCCGUCAACCCAGUCAUCGCGAACCAGCUCCAGCUGCUCUGCUGACCAGCCGACGACAUGGAUUCGGGGCCACAUGAUCGACAUAAAGACAGACCCAAUGUCGGAUAUUGCAGCCAUGAUGGAUACACAACACAUGUUUGGCUACUACUUCCCAAGCUAUGCCGAUUUGCCUCCCUAUAAUAGCCCGCAGUAUGAAGGGCUAGGUGGCAGAUUUCCAUCUCAGAGCAUGCGCUCAUUUUUGCAGUCGCAGCUUUCACAAGCACCUUGUGGAGCUCGGACGUUCAGACAGCAGGAGGCUAAUUCGGCUGAACGUGGACAUGGCAGGCCGACCCUUGUAACCAAUGCUGAAACGCAAAUGUAUCCCCAGGGUGUGGCAAGCAACUCUGAACUGCAUUUCUCACCACAUCCACCGUCAGCAAAGCGUGUAAGAAUCGUCCAUUUAGACGAUACUGAGCCCUAUACCUCAAAAUCGUCGCAUCCAGCGGAUCAGUCCUCGCCCACAUGUCAUAUACGCAAGAAACCUCGUGGUGAAGUGAUAUCUGAGCGACUGUCGAGUGACUCUCUUGAUGCCUUCGAUAUUGGUGACAACACGCUCUUCGGAAACUUGGAUGCCCUGGAUACACUGCUGCCUAGCGAGGUGCCAGCGGUGCGGACACUUUUGCAGAAUCAAGGCAAUUCAGCCACACACAGUGUCUUAGUUGCUAAGCUGGUUGAGAUUGGAAGCAAUCCCGAAGAAGCUAUCGAGGAUAUGCUUUUGGCAGGAGUGCUGAUAAGGCGAGGCGAUAAAUACUCACUUGUCUGAGUGCAAUUUGUAGUACAUAUUGAAGGAGAUGUUGGAUUUAAAAGAACGGUAGCUGGAGUAGAACUGAUAAACUAACAGCAAAUGACGCAUG